AUGAAAAUAUUGAAGAAUAGGUGGAUUGGCCUCUCAAUGAUAGUGGCGCUGGCCAUGGUCCUCGCAGUGGGGGCGGCGUGCAGCGAAACCUCCGAUGAGGAUGAGUCGGAGACCAGAGGCACCCUGUAUCUCGUCGACCAGGACUGGAACGGCCAGCUGGUCACGACGGCUGUAAUGCAGAUCCUGUUGGAGCAGGAGAUGGACCACACUGUCGCGACCAAGUUCGCGCCCGCCGACUCGGCGCCCCUCUUCAUCGGUCUCGAAAAGGGCGACUUCCAUUUCGUGUGCUGCAACUGGCCUUCCUACAGUGCCGCACUCCUCGAGGAGUACGUGGAUGCCGACGACGGCGCCAAGGUGGAGCGAGUCGGCCCAGUAGGCAUCACGGGAGAGACAGGAUGGUACGUGCCUUCCUACGUCAUAAAUGGCGACGCCGACCGCGGCAUCGAUGCCGUCGCUCCAAACCUACGCAGCGUCAGCGACCUGAACGAGUACAAGUCCGUCUUCGCCACGAGCGAUACCGGCACCAAGGGCAGACUCCUGGAGUUCACUGCAGCGUGGGACACGAAGCCCGCCGAACGACUUGAAGCCUUCGGCGCCGACUUCCAGGAGGUGUUCGCCGGGUCCGAGGGCGCAGCCCUGGCUCAAGUCGACGCUGCCUUCCAAAGGGGCGAGCCAGUCCUCACAUACCUCUGGGAACCUCACUGGGCCCACGCCAAGUACAACCUGGUGCAGAUCGAGAUGCCCGAUUGGACUUCGGACUGCUAUCCUGGCGGCAGCAACUACAACUGCGGCUUUCCAACCGACGCCGUGGCCAAGCUGGCUUGGCCAGGCCUCAAGGACGAGUUUCCGGAGGCAUACCAGUUCCUCUCCAGAUUCAAGAUGACCAACCAGCAGCAGAACGAGAUUGUCCUCAACCUCACAGAGAACGACCUAACCGUACGCCAGGCCGCGCAGGCGUGGGUUGAUGCCAACGAGGCAGUCUGGAGAGCCUGCGAUCCAUAG